AAACGGCUUGCCGUAGUGAUAAUGAUGGCGGCUGUAGCUUUUAGCCGUCGUAUGAGCGUCCUUCCAAAGAUUUCAAAAGCCAGCUGCUGCCCGGCACUAUGGUCAGCUGCCUCAGGAGUAGACCAGCAGAGGAAGCUGCACCAUUCUGUUAUCCCCAAAGGAAAAGGAGGACGCUCAUCUUCCAGUGGAAUAGCAGCCACGGUUUUUGGUGCUACCGGUUUCUUGGGUCGAUAUGUUGUCAACAGGCUCGGUCGGAUUGGCUCUCAGGUUGUAAUCCCGUACCAGUGUGAUCAGUACAACAUCAUGCACUUAAAGCCCAUGGGUGAUCUUGGACAACUUAUUUUCAUGGAGUGGGACCCCAAGGACAAAGACUUAAUCCAAAAGGCUGUGGAGCACUCUAAUGUUGUCAUCAACCUGGUGGGCAGAGAGUGGGAGACUAGUAAUUCUCGUUUCGAAGAUGUUUUCGUGAGCAUCCCAUGUCAGAUUGCGAAGGCAGCCAGACAAGCCGGUGUUCCAAAGCUCAUCCACAUGUCUCACCUCAAUGCAGACAUGCGCAGUUCAUCCAAAUACCUGAGGAACAAGGCUGUUGGAGAGACGGCAGUGAGAGAGGAGUUUCCUGAUGCGAUUAUCAUGAAGCCCUCUGAGAUGUUUGGGCGGGAGGAUGCUUUCUUCAACUAUUAUGCGAACAUGCGCUUGUUUGGCGGAGCUAUCCCACUUAUUAGUUUGGGGAAGAAGACUGUGAAGCAGCCAGUUUUUGUGGUGGACGUGGCCCAUGCUAUUGUUAAUGCUAUCAGAGAUGCUGAUGCAAGUGGAAAGACGUACGCUCUGGUUGGACCCCAUCGUUACCUCCUUCAUGACCUGGUGGAGUACAUCUACGGUGUGGCACACAGACGUUUUAUACCAUACCCUCUGCCUCGCUCUCUUUAUCUCCUUCUUGGAAAACUUUUUGCAUUGAACCCGUUUGAGCCUUGGACCACCCCAGACAAAAUUGAGAGGUUUCACAUGACAGAUAUGAAAUACCCAGAACUUCCUGGUCUGGAGGAUCUUGGUAUUACUCCUUCCAGUGUAGAACAAAAGGCAAUUGAGAUUCUGCGACGCCACCGCAAAUACCGUUACCUGGCGGUCGAACUGGAAGACUCAAAGCCACCCAAGACUGUUAAUUUUUGAACUGCAGGACAUAAAGGUUCUGACGUCACCAAGGCAACCAGAGGAUGCUUAACCCUCGAAAACCUUUGUGUUUCACUCUCUGUAAAUAAAUGAUUGACCUAUAAAGCUGAACUUCU